AGCUUUAUCCGUACAGCAACAUGGUCGCGCCCUUUGGCUCUUAGAAAAGAUUUUUUUUUUCCUUGUGCGCUGAAAAUGUGUCUUUCGUGACCACUAUGUAGAUGGGUACUGUUUUCGUGAUGCAAGUCUGGGAAGGUGGCGUGCACUUUUCUGACAAGGGAAGCGGUGAGGAAGAUAAUGUCUGUAGUGCACCAGCUGUCAUCAGGAUGGUUAUUGGAUCAUCUUUCUUUCAUUAACAAGAUAAACUAUCAAGUUCACCAGCAUCAUGAGUCUUGUUGCAGUAAAAAUAAGCCCACUUCAUCUGUCCACCUUGAUUCUCUUCACGUGGAUUCUGUGUCCUCUUUUGGAUCCUCUGCGAUACUUAUUGCUUCUGAUUCUACCAUUAAGCCAGAGAAUAGUGAUGGAAGAAAUUAUGAAAUAUUCAUACAGAAAUAUACUUUUCGAUCUGAACUGUUCAAUGUCACUAUACCUUAUAUAACUUCAGCUAGUCACAAGGAAUGUCAACAAAAUAAUGAAAAGGCAGAUCUUAUGAAUGAUGUUAAAAAAGAAAUCUCCAUUUCUACUAUUGGGAAGAAGCGUAAAAGAUGUGUUGUUUUCAAUCAAGGUGAAUUGGAUGCUAUGGAAUAUCAUACAAAGAUCAGGGGGCUGAUUUUGGAUGGAUCUUCACAGUUAAUCCAAGAAGGUUUUAAAAGUGGCUUUCUUCAUCCACUUUCUGAAAAAUGGGACAAAAGUAGCGAUCCCAUUCCUUUACCACUUGAUACCUGCAAUUUGUCAAAAUUAUGUGAAAUGGCAAAGCAUUUGCCUUCUCUGAAUGAAAUGGAACUUCCAGCAUUACAAUUGAUAGAAGAUAAUGUGUCUAUUACAGAGCAGAAUUUAUUUUCACAGGUUGUUGAAAACAACUCUAGCUUUACAAAAAUGAUUACUUUAAUGGGACAGAAAUAUCUGCUGCCACCAAAAAGCAGUUUUCUUUUGUCUGACAUUUCUUGUAUGCACCCACUUCUGAAUUAUAAGAAAACAUAUGAUGUAAUUGUGAUAGAUCCACCAUGGCAGAACAAAUCAGUUAAAAGAAGCAAUAGGUACAGUUAUUUAUCACCACUGCAAAUAAAGCAGAUACCUGUCCCUAAACUGGCUGCUCCAAACUGUCUUGUUAUUACUUGGGUGACCAAUAGACAGAAGCACCUACGUUUUGUAAAGGAAGAACUUUAUCCUUCGUGGUCUGUGGAGAUAGUUGCUGAAUGGCACUGGGUAAAAAUCACCAAAUCAGGAGAGUUUGUGUUCCCACUAGAUUCUCCACACAAAAAGCCUUAUGAAGUUCUUAUACUGGGGAGAAUUCGAGAAGAAACUGCUUUACCAUUAAGGAAUGCUGAUGUAAAAGUGCCCUCCAUUCCAGAUCACAAAUUAAUUGUCAGUGUGCCCUGUACUCUUCACUCACAUAAGCCACCUCUUGCUGAGAUUUUAAAGGACUUUAUCAAACCAGAUGGGGAGUAUUUGGAAUUAUUUGCUCGAAAUUUACUGCCAGGUUGGACUAGUUGGGGCAAUGAAGUUCUAAAAUUUCAGCACGUGGAUUACUUUAUUGCUCUGGCAUCUAGAAGCUGACUCUGAUCCUAAAGUUGUGAUUUUCUUCAGUUUUCCUCAUUCCUUCUUGCUUCAUUCUAACUGAAUUUUUCUUUUAUUACCAACCAGUAUGCUUAGAAAUGUAAAUAGGACUUGUAUUUUCAGUGAAAUGGCCAGAAAUAACUAGCCUUCAUGUAAUUGUGAGAUGAAUUUUACUUCAGUUGCACUAGUAUUCCACAUUAUUCUAGACUCACUCAAAAAUGUAAGCCAUUGGAAAGAUAACAAGACUUUGUUAUUGAAAAUGUUACAAACCAUACACUAUGGACCAGAGGUCAUAAUUCUGCCUACGGAUGUGUUUUGUUUGGCCUACACAAUGUUAUAAAAAAAAUUUGAACCAUCA